CCACCCCAUUCCUAUGCUUCCUUGAUUGCUCAGGCUAUCUUGACUUCCAGGGAUCAAAGAUUGACACUAAGGGAAAUAUACGAAUGGGUACAGACCAGAUAUCCUCAUUUGUACGAAGCCAACGAAACCGGUUGGCAGAACACAAUUCGCCAUAACCUAUCUCUGAACAGAUGCUUCCGUAAACUCCCACGUUUGUCUCAGGAUAAUGCAGGAAAAGGGAAAGGUAGCAAGGGUGGCUAUUGGACCGUGGACCUUGAA